UCCCGCUCGCCGCCAUUAAGCGACGGCGUUGUUUACUAGAGAAGCAAAACACGCUAAGUACGCCGAAGUUUUUUUUUUUAACGAACAAUUUCUUUUCUAUGGUGGUUACUAAAGUGAAAGACAAUGUCAAUAAUGUUCACUAAAGCCGGAGAUAAACGCCGGCAUGACGAUGUGCUACGACAUGACGAAGAAGGAAUUGAAGGCUUGUGCAGUCUUGGGGAUAGUUCUCCACAAGAAUCAAUGGAGGGAGGUUGGGUGGAUGAAAAGCGAGUGCGCAGAGAAAUUGCCAACUCCAAUGAGAGGCGGAGAAUGCAGAGCAUUAAUUCAGGCUUCCAAUCACUCAGAACAUUGCUUCCUCAAAGUGAAGGGGAGAAACUAAGCAAGGCCGCAAUAUUACAGCAAACAACUGAAUAUAUUUACCAACUGGAACAAGAGAAAACAAGACUGGUUGCUCAAAACUGUCAUCUCAAACGGCUCUUAGGUCCAUUAAAAAGCAAAGACCUCUCAGAGUCCACUGAGAUUCCACUUUCUCCAGAACACAUGUCUGAAGUUACAGUUGGUGGUGAUGAUGUCCUCCUUUCUGGUGUUCCAACAAAAAAGAAAACCUCAGAUCAAGCCCCACUUGAAAAAGAGAAAAGGAAAGGGAUGCUUUCUGGGGAAGCUUAUAGUCGUGCUGUUGAUAGAUUAAGGAAAGAGGUGAAUGAAGCUAAAGCUCUCUUGGAAGCCGAACGGAAGUUACGUUUAAAACUCGAAGAACAAAUUCAUGCACUUGAGGCUCAGCUUCAGUUGCAGAUAGAUGUGCCUGAAGUAGAUAACUCUGAAGAAAUCACUGCGCAUAUAUUAGGACGGAAACCUAAUCCCCCUCCAAAACUUUUCAAAUCGGAAGCGCAUGAUGACGAAUCCGAUUUAAUAAAUGCUGCCCGCGACGCCUCUGGUACAUCUAACCAGAGAUGGAAUAACAACAGAAGACCUAAUCAAAACUCCCGAAGAAGCGUGGUUACAACGGUAGCAAUGUCUCCUAGGCUAAACAGAAGGGAAAGCACUGCCAGCCCUAAUUCGAGCAAUGAUCACAAUCAAGUCCAGUUUAUGAAUUCACAGAGUAAUAUGAUGACCUCAUUGCCUGCCCAUCUGGUGCUAGAUGAUCGCCCAAACAGCCGGGCAGGAAGCUUGUUGGCAGCUGCUAUGAUGGCAGAGCCAAAGGUGGAAGUUGAGCUUGCUUCUCGGGUUCCCUCUCCGGCGUUAAGCCUUUCCAUGGCCGGUGGGCCAGCUUCCCCCGCUAGCAGUUUACCUCUUUCUUCGUUACCAGUACUUUCUUUCCAGUUACAGCCCCAUUUGGCUCACUUGUCACAUUUGGCCCACGGUGACGGUUCCUCUUCACCAAUCGUGCUACAGCACGCUGGAGAGGAAGUAACAUUUGUAGAUAUCGAUGCGCCAUUCAGUUCUGACAGCAAAUCUUACCUUGCGGCCACUUCUCGGCAGAACCUUGAAACGAUCGUGGAAGCCAUUCGCCAUUUGGAAGGCGAUCACCUUUUCAAUGACGAUGUGUCUGGGUCCCGCAAAGGCCAACUGGUGGAAGUUGAAAUUGACACAGAAGGUGAACCAAUAGGAUGCAGCUUGGUGGUCACAAGCUCGCAAGACGAGCUUCGAUCGGAAGAUGGGAUAGAUGAACAAUUGGCAAUUACCGAGGAACAGGAAGUUGGAGAAAUGAUAACCGUUAGCACGGAAGCAGAAGUGGACAGUAAUAAUGACAAUGUCUUGGAUGAUGGAGAAUUGGUUCAUGGCCCCAACGUUAUCAUCGUUAAACGAAUCUAAACGUUUUUCCAAGGGUUCUCAGGCUUCCCGUGUGUCUUUAUUUAACAAUUAAAUGCGAAUUGAGGCGAUCAAAAACGAUGCGAAAGAAGCAAUUAUUUGUCUGACUGGAUUUUCUCGAGCUUUUUGUCUUUCAUCUAAGCACGCAUCUCUCAUUUACGUGCUGUAUGAAUGAAAUUGAACUAAUGCAUUGCGACUAUUUGAAUCUGUUGAAAUAAAGAAUUUGACACGUGCCCCUUGCUUAAAGAAUGGGCCGCUGUCAUGAAUCUGA